CUAGCACGCACGGCAGCCGGAGCACCCGGUUGGCACGUUGUAACGCUUGAUAGACAAGUGUGAGAAGAAAGGGAGAGGAGAGAAGAAGAGGAAGGAGCAGUACAGGGGGGACAGUGCAGCCCUCUGUACCAAUGGACAACACGGAUAUUUAACCAUUUGCCCAGGGAGCGCACAGACACCGCAGUCCAUGCCUCUGCCUUGCCAGGUCAUUGAUGGGAAAUCAACUGGAUCGGAUCACCCACCUCAACUACAGCGAGCUGCCCACGGGGGAUCCGUCCGGGCUAGAGAAGGACGAGCUUCGGGUCGGCGUCGCCUACUUCUUCUCUGACGAAGAGGAGGAGGUGGACGACCGCACUCCUUCUGACUGCGGCUUCACCAAAGACCACAGUCCGGCCGAGGAGGGACCGUUCUCGGUCAGCGAGGUGGAGUACUCGGCGUUCUGCUCCCAGGAAUGCAUCUUCUCCAAACUGCGGGAGAACGAGGACUUGAAUGUUUACUCGGCCAAAACUUUGCUGACUAUGUGCAAGCCAGGGGACCUGCUGGAGCUGGUGGCCACAGCGCAAGCCCCUCACUGGGCCAUCUACGAGCAGGACGACCGGGUCAUUCAUCUGCACAAGGGCGAGAUCCGCAAGGACAGCCUGCUUGAGUUCAGCAACGGUCGCCACGGGAGGAUAGUCAACAAUCGGUACCGGUACCGACCGCUUCCUCCCGACCUGGUGAUGCAGAACGCAGUGGGACACCUGGGCCUGAGCAGCGAGGAGAUAUGCUGGACCAACUCGGAAAGUUUCGCAGCCUGGUGUCGCUUUGGGAAACGGGAGUUCAAAGCCGGGGGAGAGGCACACUCCGCGGAGCAGCAGUAUUUCCUCAAGGUGCACCUGAUUGGCAGCGGGGUGCACACUCUGGUCUUUCGCAGCCUGGAGGACAUGAUCCGGGAAAGAAGGCGAGUGGACGCAAGUGGAAUUCUUAAAGAGCUGUCUUUGGUUAACGGGGGCAAGGAGUGAUCAUGGAUUCCGUUUGAUAUCCUCUCCUCCUCCUCCUCCUCCUCCCCCCCUCUCUCUCGCUCUCUCUUUCGUUCUCUCUCUCCCCCAGCUGCCUCGUUUCGCCAGCGCGCACGGACGCACAGUUUUGCGCACACAUGAACGUACUUGCACAUAAGCACACAGACGCACACACAUGCAAGGAAGGACCUGUUGGUUUUUGGACUGUCUGUUCUUGUCGUGGAUGGAUGGAUGGAUGGAUGGAUCAGCUGCCUGCGAGCUGAGCUGCGUUUGGAUCACAUGCGCCCAGAGGAAUUUCCAUCUAAUUGCAGAGUGUUGAAAACUGAGAGAGUGCGGCCAUUUAAACAGACAACGCCCCUUCAGAUCAGAAUUCGUGCUGGGAGGGACACGAUUGCCCUGCACACAUCCCAUAUACACCCCGCGCGUAUAGGGCACAAGGCUCGGUUUGGUUUUCCGUUUAAUUUCUCGGGAUAAUGGAAAUGGCCCCUUCUCUGCAUAGGGCACCUGCUGCGGCAGACCAGACGGUGAGAUUGGGGGGUAGAGGGGUGGGGUGAAAGAUAGGAUCUGGGGUGGCUAUGGAAAAGUCUCCCUUCUAUUUUUUUACUGUUAGCUUUAAGACCGGAACUGAACAUAACACCGAUCCAAGCCACUUACUAAAACACUGACCUGUGACAGUCCCAGGUUCUAUGCCUAAGCAUUUCUGGCUUGUUCAAGCUUCUCUUUGGCCAUAUCAAGACUACUGUCAUUGUCACAAUGCUGUCAUCCUGAACCACAACACUGGAUGUAUGUGUAAAUUGUAUUAUUCAUAUUGAUUUCAAUUUGAGUCUCUUAUUUUUGUAUUUACGUUUAGUGGAUUUAACCCUGAUCUCUUUUUUGGUUCAAAUAAAUGGACGUUGAAAUAUGAAAAACAA